AUGGAUACCGCGCAAGUUUGGUCACUCAAGGUCAAAGGAAAGGAUGGUAAUAUUAAUUGGUACAGUUAUUCCAAAUAUAAUACUCAAUUUCAUUACAGUAUAUGGGAUCUUUGCUAUAGUCCAGACGGAUCGCAACUUGUGGUAGCUUCCGGGAAUUUAGUUUGGGUGUAUGAGGCAGAUAAUGGGAGUCUGAUAAAGAACCUGAAAGGUCAUAAGGAUACAGUUUAUUGUGUCGCGUAUGCUCAUGACUCCAGUAUUUUUGGAAGUGGGUCAGCUGAUAAAUGUGUGAUUAUCUGGAAGACAUCUACGUUAGAGGGUUUGCUGAAAUAUGUGCAUAAUGAAUCAAUUCAGUGUUUACAAUUCAACCCUGCCACUGUGCUUCUAGCUAGCACUGGGAGUACUGAUUUCGGUUACUGGACUAUGGAUCAAAAGUCUGUUGUUAAAACCAAGAUAUCAGCUCGUCCUACCUGUUGCAGUUGGAAGUCUGAUGGACAGUUUUUGGCUAUUGGUCUUUAUAACGGCAUGAUAAGCGUUCGAAACAAGGGAACCGAAGAAGUAUUGAGAAUCGAACGUCCAGGCAAUCCAAUUAUAUGGCAUCUUAAAUGGAAUCCUUCCAAAGAUGAUCACGGUGAAAUACUAGCAGUUGUUGACUGGAAUCAAAAGUUAUCAUUUUAUCAAUUAAGUGGAAAACAAAUUGGCAAAGAUUAUACAUUAGGCUAUGAUCCAUGCAAUAUAACAUGGUUUGGUGAUAAAUAUGAAUCGUUGGCAAUUUGUGGAUCAAAUAAAAUGUGUCAUUUAUAUAAAACGGAAGGUAUACAAUUAUCAUGUAUUAAUCAACAACAAACAUGGAUAUGGUGUUGUUCUACACGUUAUGGAUAUGAUCAGAUUGUUGUUGGUUGUCAAGAUGGAACAAUAGAAACUGUACAACUUCGUUUAGAUCCUGUAUAUAGUUUUUAUAAAGAUCGUUAUGCUUAUCGUGAAUCAUUAACCGAUGUUGUUGUUCAACAUUUACUUACUGAACAAAAAGCACGUAUUAAAUGUCGAGAUUAUGUGAAGAAAAUAUCAUUAUAUAGAAAUUUAUUGGCGAUUCAAUUGAUUGAGAAAAUUCUAAUCUAUGAAUCACCUUAUGAUGAUAUGAAAGAUAUGCAUUAUCGAAUUUGUACAAAGUUAUUACAAAAAAUUCCAUGUCAACAUUUAUUAAUUGUAACAAAUAAUUUAAUUAUAUGUGAAGAGAAUUAUUUAUCAUGUAUAAAUUUUAAGGGCAUUAAAGAACGUGAAUGGAUUGUGGAUAGUCCGGUGAAUUGUAUUCGUAUUAUUGGUGGACCACCAAAUAAAGAAGGUUUACUAUUGGGUUUGAAAGAUGGACAAGUUAUACAAAUUGUUCUAGAUAAUACAUUCCCAAUAUAUUUAACAAAAGUAUUACAUGAAGUUUAUUCAGUGGAUAUUAGCCGAAAUCGUAAUAAAUUAGCUAUAGUAGAUAAUAAUAAAACAAUGAAUGUAUAUUCUUUGGAAAAGCAAGAAAAUUUAUUUCAGGAACGAAAUGUUCUUAGCAUUGCAUGGAGUACAACGAAUAAUGAAUUAUUAGCAUACACUGGUUAUGAUUUAUUAUUUAUUAAAAAUGAACAAUUUCCAAGUCAUCGACAAUAUAAUAAGGGUCAAAUCCUUAGUUUUACAGGUUCAUUUGUUUAUUGUUUACAUGAGAACGCUGUAAAUCGUAUAGAAAUUUCAUUAAGUCCUGCUGUUUAUCAUUAUUUGGGAGCUGGUCAAUUAACUGAAGCUUAUCAACUUGGUUGUUUUGGAUUAACUGAUCAAGAUUGGAAAGUGAUUGGACAAAUGGCUUUAAAUAAACUGAAUUUAAAAGUAGCAAAAUAUGCUUAUAUACAAUUAGAAGAUAUACUUAUGCUUACUUUUAUUCAACAACUUGAAGAAAGAUAUAAACGUGGUGAAUGGAAUGAGAAAGAAUUACAAACCAAUAUUAAUAAUACUAAUAAUUAUUCAUCACCAACUAUUCUAACUAUACUCGGUGAUAUAUCAGCUUAUUUAAAAAAUUUCAAUGAAGCUGUCAAUUAUUAUACGCAAGCAAAUUUAAAUUCAGCUAAAGGAAAAAAUUAUAAAAUUAUUGAAAUGUAUACAGAUUUACGUCGUUUUAAUGAAGCACAUGAAUGGAUUAAUUCAAAUGAUGAUAUUAAUGAGCAUAAAUUAUUAUUAGUGAAAAAUGCCGAUUGGGCUAAAUCUACUAAUGAAUAUCGUUCAGCAGUGAAAAUGUAUAUUGAUGCUGGUGAAUUUAUUAAAGCAAUUGAAUUGUGUGAAUUACAUGGAUGGACUGAUAUUCUGUUAGAUAUAAGUCGUCGUUUGGAUAAAGGUGAUCAUGAAUAUUUACAACGUUGUGCACGUAGUUUAACUCGACUUGGUGAAUAUGCAUUCGCUGCAGAUUGUUAUGCAAAAUAUGGUGAUAUUGAAAAUCAAUUAAAUUUGUACAUUGAAUCACAAAAUUGGGAAGAAGCAUUUACUUUAGUAGAGAAAUAUCAUGAUUAUACAAGAAAAGUUUAUUUGCCAUAUGCUAAUUGGUUAGCAGAAAAUGAUAAAUUUGAAGAAGCUCAAACAGCAUUUAUCAAAGCUGGUUUACAAAAUGAAGCAAUUUCAGUGUUAGAACAAUUAGCUACUUGUGCAGCAAAAGAAUCACGUUUUCAUGAUGCUGGUUUUUAUUAUUGGAAAUUAUCAAUUUUAUGCUUAGAUAUGUUGAAAAAUGAAACAAUAUCCACAAUAGUCUAUCAUGAAUUAUUAGAUCGAUAUUAUGAUUUUGAGCGGAAAGCUGAUGUUUAUUAUGUCUAUAAUAAUAUAUAUCGUUUACUGCAUGAACCGUUUGCUUCGAAUAUGCCUGAAACUUAUUUCAAUAUGUCACGUUAUUUAACGCAUAUUUUACAAUUUGACGAUAUACCAGAAGUGUCAAAAACUAUAGUUUUGUAUACUUUAGCAAAACAUGGUCGUUUACUAGGAGCAUACAAAUUAACCAAACUAAUCUAUAAUAAAUUACAAACAUUGCAUAUGCCAUAUGAAAUGCGUGAUGAAGUAGAUUUGGCUUGUAUCAAUUUGAAUUCAGCACCAAUGAUUGAUUCUGAAGAUAUAAAUACUAUAUGUUAUCGAUGUUCAGCAACAAAUCCUUUAUUGAAUAGUUUAGGCAAUCGAUGUAUUCAUUGUAAAGAACCAUUUGUUUAUUCAUUUAUCACUUUCGAACAAAUGCCAAUCGUUGAAUUUAUUCCAGAAGAUAAUUUAUCACAUGAAGAAGUAAUAAAUAAUUUACAAACUGAACUACCAUCAUCAAGCAGAAAUUUAAAAAAUGAUACUAUAAACAAUAUUGAAUUGAAUCAUGAUUAUUCACAAAUACUUAAAAUAACUCAUGAACAACAAAAUGGAUCAUUAGAACAAGAUCCAUUUGUGGCUAAAUUAUUAAAUUCCGAUCUUAUUUCUGAAACAUAUUCACCUGUCCAAUUAGAUAUUGCUACAUUACAAGCAAUUCCUUUCAAUGAAGUCAUUAUUGUCAAUAAUCCUCCAUUAAAACCACGUUAUUACAAAUCAGUUUUACCGGAUGUUAGCAUUACACAAUGUAAUGUUUGUCAUAAGUUAUUCUACACUGAAGACUAUGAACUAAUCUCAUUACAACAGGGUCGUUGUCCAUAUUGUCAUACAACAAGAGAAUAAAAACACAACAAUUUCAUCUUUCUUUAACGCACAUACACGUAGAUUCAUUCAUGUAAACAAAUCACUUGAAAAGAACGAAAAACACACACCAUGUGUAUUGAUAAUUGAAUAUUGAAAAAUAGCGUAAACAUUCAACUUUGAAGCAUAGCGUAAACAUUGAACAUUGUACAAUCAAACUAUGAAAAAAAUUAACUUUUGAAUUCUUCGCUUUUUUUGUAUUGAAUGAAAUUUAAUUUAAAGAAUUGAAUAUAGACAGUGACUUAUUUAAUUAAAAAAUAUUAUUUGAUGAUUAGUCAGUCUCCUGUAACUUGAUAAUGAUGAAUUAUGUUUUUGACAAGUUGUAAAAAUUUAUUUAUCUAUUGUAUGUGUGAUGUGAAAUUGAACUUUGAAAAAAUAUUUUGCGACAUUCUUUAUUUAAUUCGCAGUAUUUGAUAAUAUAAUUCAUUUGAAACAUGGUGUUU